CUUUUCAAAUCGACGCCAAUGGAGUAAGUGUACUUAUGCCUAUAGUUGAAAAACGCGUUGAAUGGAGAUCGUCGACUGGAAAUCAAAGAUGAAAAAAAGAAAGAAAGAGUCUCGUUCGUGAGAGCAUUGUUGGAGAAACAAAUGCAAUGGAAGACUGGGAUGAACUUGAGAAUAGUCUGUUUCGUAAAGCUAGUGAAACAAAGGACUCGGGUAUUGGAGAGUCCAAGAAGAAAGUUGCGUUCAGAGAUAUCGAUGAGAACGAUCCUCUAAAGGACUUGAACUUCUCUGAUGAAGAAGAUUCUGAGGAAUAUUUUAAAGAUAGACCUGUAGCAGCUGCACAGAGCAGUAAGAUAUCUCAUUUGUUUGGGUUGAAAUCUGAGGAUCCACCAGAGGCACAAGAUUUUACUCCUGCCAAUGCACAUAUAGCUGAAUACACUGAACCAAAUAAUUCACCAUUACUUUCUACUAAAAACUCACUGGAAAAACUAGAAGUAAUAGAAUCAGAUUUUAAGGAAUCUGAUACAAUAAGGCCAUCAAAUAGUACAGUGACUGCUCCGAAAGUAGAAAAUCCUGUACAGAAAUCUGCUCCAAAAAUGAAGUCUAUUUUCGAUGAUGAUGAUGAUGACCAUUUAAUUGAUAAAUCCAAGACUUCUGUUAAUACUCAAGCAAAAAAGACAUCCCUCAUGGAAGAUCUAUUUGGAAGCAGACCAAAGUCUAGUCCAUUGAUAGAAACAGGCAGGAGGUCCAAUCCCUUAAACUAUGAUGCUCCUGCAACUCGUUCGAAUUCUGGAGAAGCCCUUACUGGAUUGCUGAAUGAGAGUACAAGUAAAACUGUAAACAAUGCUGGCUUUUCCCUGAGUGCACCAAAAGAACCUAGGAGAGGUCGAAGAGCCUUAACAGUUCAAAAUGACCCACUGGGACUCCUGUCCAUGUCAAGUUUGCAGAUUGAUGAUACUCCAAAACCUAAAGAGCAAAAAAUAGUUCAGCCAACAGCUAGAGAAGUCAUAACCAAAUCUCCAGUUAUUGAAGACUUACCAGAAUGGCUAGGAGGUCCAAAAGUUUCCAAGGAACAGAAGCAAGAAACUGAAAAACCUGUUCAGAGUGAAACAUCAUUGAUUGCCAAAUCAGCAGAAGUUAUAGGAAAAACUGUUUCUGGCUUAACAGAUCAAACAGUAAUCACAAUUGGAUCCGAAAGUGAAGAACAGCAGGGUCUGACAUCACAGCUGUUAGGUAUUGAGUUUGAUCAACAGGCAGCAAUGAUAAAUAUGCAACAGCAGGAACACGAACUCAGAACAGCAGCCGCUCUUUCUCAACAGAGUGAAAAACUAAAUAAUUUAUUGGAAACUCAAAAAAUUAAGCUCACUGAGCAGGAGAAACAAUUUAACAUGCUGAUAGCCAGACAAUUGGAAAGACAAGCUCUUCUUGAGGCACAAAUGAAGGCACAACAAGACAGAAUAAACAGUUAUAUACAAACACUUUCAGCUCAACCAUCGACUGUACCAUCGAUGCAAUUAACAGUGAAUAAAGAAGUCAAGCUUGGGUCUAAAGAAUCUGAGGACGAAAAAGAAGAGUCUGAAAGUCUCGUACAAAAACUUCAACUUGAAAAACUGUACUUAGAAAAUACCUUAGAGAGCUUGAGAGAAAAGCAUGAAAAAGAAAUAUCCAUUCUUGAAGAAUCCUACAAAAAACAAGUGCAGUUUUUGGAAGAAGCAAUGAUACAGAUGGAAAAGAGAAUGCAGGAUGAUCUGGAGUGUGUUGAAGCAGAUUAUAAAUUGAAAAUUCAAAAACUGAGGGAUGAAAUGCUUGACACCGAAAAACUUCAUAAGACUGAGAAACAGACACUCAAAGAAGAACAUGCGCGUCUUAUUCAUGAAAUCCGCGAUAAUCAUCGAAGAAGCAUGGAAGUCAUGCAAAAAGAGCACAUUGAAACCAUUGAAAGAAUAACAAAAUCUAAGGAGUCUGAACGACAAGCCAUUGAAAUAAUGAAAUUAGACGGUACAAACGUCGAAAAUGUUUUAAAUAAGUCUCAAGUUAUAAUUGAAGGUCUUGAAAAUUUGCAAAAAAAGUUUGAAAGCAGAGAUAACAACUUUGUUGAAUCUCAGGACAAUCACCUAGUUUUUCAAGAAAAAAAUAUAGAAUAUUUAAAGGAAUCACUUGAAAAACAAAAGGAUGCAUUUGCUGAAGAAAAGCACAAGCUUAUGGUAACAAUUCAGAAGCUUGAAUCAGAAACGUCCGAACUAAUACAAGAAUUUAGAAAACAAAAUAACACUUUUAAAGAAAGUGAAGAGAUUCUUAAAUCUAGAGAACAAGCACUUCUCAGGGAUAGAGAAAUUUUCAUUGAGCAAACAAAUUGGGAGCGGGAGCGAUUACAAGCUAUGAGAGAUGCUUGGGCAAAGGAGGAAGAUAGGCAGUUAGAAUGGCUUGCUCAAGAAAGACAAACUCUUGCUACUGAAAGAGGAAAGUUACAAAUUUUCAAUAGACUGAAAAUCGGAGUUGAUGAAUCAUCAAAAAUUGAAUUAGAAGCAACCAUAAAAGCUGCACAAGAAGCUGCAUCGAGUGCCAAUCAGGAAAGACUUAAGUGGCAGGAAAAAAUCAAUGAGCUGGAAAUACAAAAAAAUGCUCUGCAAGAGAAAGAAAAUAAUCUCAUUCAAAAGGCAAAAAAACUUGAUGAUUUUACUCAGUCUGCUGUUGCCAUAAGAGAAGAAGGCCUGAGAGCUUUGAAAGAAGCUCGUUUCAUUGAAGAACGAUACAAAGAGAAAUUCAAUGAAUUACAAAUUCAGCAGAGACUCUUGAAUGAAAGAGAAGCGAAACUUGCAACUGAAAAACUCGAACUAGCAAAAGAAAGACUAUCUUUUCGAGUGAGUGAAGUGGAACAGCCUGAGAAAGAUAUAAGUAAUAAAUUGAACAAUAAAAUUAUUCAUGAAGAGGAGCAAUCCAACUUUUCAGAGGUGCAAUCUACCAGUAUGCAAUAUACAACAUACUUCAAGGAUAUUGUAGACCCACAUCUACUUUUGUUAAAAUGGGACUUGGACAAUAAGUUACAAAUGUCAUAGGAUUUACCUGUUACUGCUAGGCACUAAUUGAUGUGUAAAAAUUUAAUUGUAAUGCUUAAAAUUGAAUACAAAAUGUAAAAAAAAUAAAUUAAUCUUCUUAAAA